CAAGGAGUGGCCGCUGCACCUGUCCGACCUGUUCGGGGGAUACAUGACUCCAGAGGAAUUUCUCCCCCUUCUCCCAUCUUUUGUUCAGCGGCGAGUUUUCCUCUUCUUUUUUUUCCUGAGUGUGGACCGAGUGAGAGCCAGAGAAGAGGAGAAGGGGAGACAGAUAGAAGACAGAUAAAGAGAUGUCGGAACCAGCCGCAAACCCCGCCGCCACCUCCUUUCCAACGUCAACUAUUUCGUUACCUUUGGGACUGGAGGUGUUGAGGACCUACACUGGAGUCCUUGUCUGUUUGGAAAUAUUAUUCGGUGCUCUGGUAUGGAUCCUGGUGGCCUCUUCCAACGUGCCCGUGCCUCUGCUGCAGGGCUGGGUGAUGUUUGUGUCCGUCACCUCCUUCUUCCUCUCCUCUUUUUACCUCACUCUGCUCGUCACUGGUUUGGCUGACCGUAUCAACACAGACUGGAACUUCUUGGAUGUCUUCUACCACUUUCUAGCUCUGCUGUUCUACUUUGCUGCAUUUGUGUUGGAGGCGGCAACAACAGCAGCGAAUGGGGGAGCUCACAUCAAGUUACUACCAAACGGCACUGACUCAGUCCUGUGCAUAACCUAUCCUCGGGGCAACAUUUUCACAAUGCUGAGCUACAGGGAGUACAGCAUUAAUGUGGCAGCCACGAUAUUUGCCUUUGUGGUAACUCUUUGCUACGGCGGUAGCAUGGUGAUGGGAUUCAAGAGAUGGAGGAAGUGACCAGCAGAAUGAACAUACAUCUGCAUUAUGAUGUCAGCAUGUCUGACAGACAAAAACAACCCAACCAUUCAGUAAUUCAUCGACGUCCUCUUUUGUUCAGUGAAGCACAUCAUUUAUUAUCUUCCUAAUAUGACCCUUUUGUCAGAUAGCAAAGCCUACAUCAAGCAAAAAUGAAGAAAUUUCUUUAUUGGAAAAGAAUUCUUUGACACCCCAUGCGGACAGGUCUUACAUAAGUUCAGUCAAGAGUCCUUCAGACAAAACCCAAUGGAAAUUAGCAAGGGAACUGAGAGGGCUUUGUACUUUAAUUUAGCAUUUUAAAAGAUGAAAACAAUGCAUGAUUUUUUUUAUUUUUUUUUACUCAUGGAAUUUAAAAGCCCAUUUUGCUUUUAAAACAUAUUUUAGCUACAUUUAUUGUUGAUAAGUUGAAAACAUAUGUGAUAUCACUGGAUAUUGCUUUGAGGACUGUCAGAUAUUCUCACUAAACUUGAGAAUAAAUGUUUUUCUUCUCAGUAUUAUAACAAACACAUUGAAUCAAACGUUGUCAUAUAUAAAUGUCAGGGUUAGAAAUUAAACUAGGUUAAUCUGUGAAUCUGGUAGUUUAUCAUAAGUUAGUCAUGUAAUCCUUUCAGCAAGAAAAACACACAAAAAAGGGUAAAAUAUUUCAAACAUCUGUCUAUAUUGAUCAUUUUGUUAAGUAUGUUCUGAAAAGCCUUGUAUUAUUAUUUGGUGUUUAUAUUUAACUUUGUAUUAUUUAACUGCUUUAAUCUAACUAAUUCUAAAUGCCACAUGAUUCAUAAUCAUUUAUUGUGCACUGUUAUUUGGACUAUUAAUUUAUGAGAGUUUUAGAUUAAACAUUUGUUUUGACUUGUGUUACUUUUGAAAACAGAAAUGCAUUUUGGAACUAAAGAAAUAAAAUAUAUAUAGCCUUG